AACAAACCUUCACACUCCACCUUUGUCAACAACUUCAAUGUCCUUCCGACACUUUUCUCACUGAUUUGUCCUCAAGCUGCGCUCGGCAACAAACAUGCCCCAUCUCACUUCUCAUUCUUCCCUCUAACUUGCUCAUCGACCCUUUUCAUCGCCCUCAUCCUCUUAUGCAGCCAGCCGAACCGAUCCACCGCAGCUGCUGCCGCCGCCAAUGCCAUGGGCCGCCACCGCCAAAUGUCGUUCGACUACUACACCGAGUCGUGCUCCCAGGUCGAGCAACUCAUCGGGUCGGUCACGAGCCAGCAGUUCAAGGAAGCGCCGGUCUCUGGGCCGGCCACCAUCCGGCUCUUCUUCCAUGACUGCUUCGUUGAGGGAUGCGACGGGUCGAUAUUGAUAUCGAGCAAGCCCGGAAGCAAGGAACUGGCCGAGAAGGACGCGAUUGACAACAAAGAUUUGAGGGCGGAGGGAUUCGAGACAAUCGCGAAAGCCAAGUCCUUGGUGGAAAAUAAAUGCCCCGGCGUCGUUUCUUGUGCUGACAUUCUUGCCAUCGCUGCCAGAGACUUUGUCCACCUGGUACUUCCAUCAACCUCUCGUCCUUAG